AGAGUGGCACACAGAGCACCUCUCAUUGUACUGGAUCACAGCCUACUGACAAAUCUGCGUCUAUUGUUACAAAGCUGGAGGACCAUGAACAGGUUCCUAGUAGUCAGGACGACCAGCCAUUAGUGACUCUCCUGGAUAGGGAGGACUCUGAGGUAUCUCUGUACGACCUCAUCACCAAGUGUCUCACCAAGGCACCACGGAAGAAUGUAGCAAGCAAGAAAAAACUUAACUCAACAAAGAGAGCAAGUGUUUUCUGUACCUACGUGCAGAUUCUGUUGCGAAACUCGCUACCAGGUACCUGUCCUGUGAAGAGAGCUCCCGGGGGGGAUGAGACUAGAUGUUGGAGAACAGAACAAAGGCAGUCCAUCGUCAGAUCAGAAGGUUGUCAGUAGCACUGACUUCAUUAUUAUCACUAAGGAUGUGUUGUCUGAGGCUGCACAGUCGUCUGUUAGUAACGUUACACAGUCCAACAGUACACAACCCGCCCUGUCUACUCCGCCCUCCCAGACUGUCCAAACACCUAAUGAGGAAUCCACUGUUACAUCCAUCCUGUCCGACAUCGACGUCUCAUCUCAGCUGCUCUCACCAACCCAUGAUAACAGUGAGGAUAAGGUAGCUGUGCCAACUGUGUCUGUGCCUGUAGCUACAGUAGCCACCAUCAGCAUAGAGCCAUCAAAAGUUGUACCAUUGGAGGAGGUAUCUACGACUGUGAGUAUGGUUGAUAUUGAGGAGACUCAGAAGUCUGAAGUCAGCAGUCAGAAGAUCCUGACUCCAGGGGAGGUAAUUCUUGAUCCAAGUAUUGCGACUGUAUCAAAUCCAGCGGACACCUCUCAGAAAACUCCAUCUCUCGACUCUGGUACUGUGGUGGGGUCACAGCAGAAGGAGAGCAAGCCCUUAGAGUCUACUGCCAGUCAGCCAGUCCAAUCUCAGGAAUCAAAGAAAAAUGAUCAAAGUCCUGAUACUGAAAUGGAAGUGUCCUCUGCAAAAAUGGAGAUUGUUUCUACUAAGGUCUCCAUGACGACAGAGUCACCGAACACCAGGGACAGCCUGGAGCUUUUCGACAGUGAUGCCGAGGUCAUGUCCAGUAUAGUGGACAAGCUAGCUUCAGCCAUCCUAGAUGAUCCUCAGAAUGGUCACUCGAGGAUUAUCAAUGACACAGUGAUGGCAGCGAAUACCACACAGAAGAGCACAGGAACCCCACAAAAAGACCUUGGCCUCGUUAAUGUAAAAGUCCCAGUGCUGCCUCACUCCAAACGGGAGAUUGCACUCAUGAGGCUGGCAAACAGAAUCAAUGCCCUGGAGAUGAAUGUUACCCUUAGUAUCAGAUUUCUGGAGAGAAUGAGCCAGAAGUUCAAAACCAAGUCGGAUGAGAUGAUUAAAGCACUCAACAAAACUGACACCAAGCUGGAGGAGACGAUGUUGGAGACCAAUACUAGGGGAAAGAAACAAGAGGAUGAUAUGAAGAGGAUGGAGCUGAAACUGAGGAACCUGACAAUGAUAAUGGAGGAGAUGGUGCACAACAUGGAUACCCUGAACCAGAAGGUGACAGACAGACAGAUGGUAUGGACCUCGGUGGAAGUUGUUAUUUUGAUGUUAAUAUUUAUGGUAUGUCUUAAACGGGGGAAAUCAACACCAUAUAUACCAAUGUCACCCGAAGUACAAAAGAUUCUGGAGAAAUUUCCAAAUGAAAUGGAUCUAACAGCUUUGCCCAGAAGAAAUUCAUUUCAUGGCACAAGUCAAUGCAGCUCUGCUGAAAAAGUGACAGGUUCUCUUCAAAAAUACAACAGUGAAACGGCAUUAUCUUGUAAUCGACCAGAAAUAUCCAGCUAUGAUCGAGGUGGAGCCAGCAAAGAAUCUUCAUUUAUCAACCAGCAAAAAGAUAUACCAAAGAAGAAAAAACGAAAGAAGAAAAGUCCUGAUGCUAAAACAUGUGAUGCCCCCAGCAGUUCUGAUUUUAAAGACAAGCCUUCUCUGGUGGAGUCACAUACAAAUUUUAACAGUGCAGGGCUUUUGUUUGGUGCAAGUCCAGGGGAGGCAAGUGUGUGUGAAAAGUUAGACAGGACAAGUAGUGAAUGGAAUCGUACGCCUGACAGUAAUAAUAUGUGCCAGUCCCAGGUGGAUUCCACAUGUUGUAAAACUGCUUAUUCAGAUACGUUGGUUACCACAAAAGGUCAGGGUUCAAAGGUCAGAGUGUCCAGUUCCACCAAUGAUAUCCCCGGUAGUGUUCCUUGGGGUACUAAUAAAGGCAUAAAGGUGAAAGCCCAUUCUUUUACAAAUGAGUUACCAGUUUCUGUGAUAUCUUCCAAACCCCCUAAAUGUCCUGUGGCCCCUCAAGGGGGAGGUAAGUCCAAGCGAGGCAGCCCACCAAUGAUGCGGGCCCUGGCUGACCCAGGGGGAGGAGGAGGAGGAGGAGGAGCUUCAAAAAAGAAACGACACACUUAUGGUCACAGCAUUCAGCUGGACAAUAACACCCAGGCACCACCUGAGGUUGAAACUGUGCGGCCAAAUAUCAAUGGUAUCCAUAUCCCUACUAACCAGACAACGGUCAGCGAAAAUAAUAAAGAAAACUUGUCUCAGCAACCUCGACCAAAACGGAAGUCACAUAAACGGGCAUCAAGUGCGGACAUGUCGUCCUCAUUAGGGACAGACACCAACGCCACCUCCUGGAAAAAAGUGUUUGGCUGGAAGUGAGAUUUACCGAGUGUGUGUUGUUACUGGUAUGAUAAAAGAGCUGUGUAUAAUUACCUAGUGUUGUUAUUGGUAUGAUACAUCUCCUAUGAUGUGAGAAGUUUCUGUUGACUGAACUACUUUGUUUCAAUUUAUACAUAACAUGUUGUUCAUUUCAGGAAUAUAUACACAAGUAAGUGCUAGGGGAACCAAUAGGUAUUCAGAGAUUUUCACAUAAUUCUAUCUUUAGUUAUACUUUCAUGAAUAUAAUGUUGAAAAAUCAGAAACAAUUUGUGCAAUAGUGUUUGAAACAGCAGAUACUUUUAAGUUAUUAAGUUGAUGCGGCACAUGUCCAUUCAAAAAAUUAGUGUUCAGUACCAUGUGUAGAUGAUGCUGAUGUGGACUGUUAUUUAAGAUACAUUAUGAUGUGAUGUCACAUCAAUAUUCUCUGUUGUUAGUUGAAAUGGAUGAUUUUAUGUUUAUUUGAUUAUUUAUAUGAGAAUUAACACUAAUAAUAAUAGUUUAUAUUUAAGAUUUAUACACACAAUGUUUGCUACACAUACAACCAUCAACACCCCAGUACAACCAUCAACACCCCAGUACAACCAUCCACACCCAAGUACAACCAUCAACACCCCAAUACAACCAUUCACACCCCAGUACAACCAUCAACACCCCAGUACAACCAUCCACACCCCAGUACAACCAUCAACACCCAGUACAACAAUCCACACCCCAGUACAACCAUCCACACCCCAGUACAACCAUCCACACCCAGUACAACAAUCCACACCCCAGUACAACCAUUCACACCCCAGUACAACCAUCCACACCCCUGUACAACCAUCAACACCCCAGUACAACCAUCAACACCCCAGUACAACCAUCCACACCCCAGUACAACCAUCAACACCCAGUACAACCAUCAACACCCCAGUACAACCAUCCACACCCCAGUACAACCAUCAACACCCCAGUACAUCCAUCAACACCCCAGUACAACCACCAACACCCCAGUACAACCAUCCACACCCCAGUACAACCAUCAACACCCCAGUACAACCAUUCCACAUCCAGUACAACCCUCCACACCCCAGUACAACCAUUCACACCCCAGUACAUCCAUUCACACCCCAGUACAACCAUCCACACCCCAGUACAUCCAUUCACACCCCAGUACAACCAUUCACACCCCAGUACAACCAUCCACACCCCAGUACAACCAUUCACACCCCAGUACAACCAUUCACACCCCAGUACAACCAUCUACACCCCAGUACAACCAUCCACACCCCAGUACAUCCAUUCACACCCCAGUACAACCAUCAACACCCUAGUACAACCAUCAACACCCCAGUACAACCAUUCACACCCCAGUACAACCAUCAACACCCCAGUACAACCAUCAACACCCCAGUACAACCAUUCACACCCCAGUACAACCAUUCACACCCCAGUACAACCGUCCACAACUCCCAAUACAUCCAUAUACCACCCCAACACUUCUCCCCUGAAUUAAUCCCAAUCUUUUUUUUAAUGUUUGCAAUAUCAAUUUAGUAUCAAAUCUUUAGAUGUUGCUAACUGUUUACUGAACAGUCUUGAGAUAAUUGAUGAAAGAUUUUCAAGUGUCCAUUGUUUAAAACCUUCCUACUUGAUAUUCAACUUAGUAAGAAAAUCUAUAGAAUUCUAGCGAUGUGUCAGCUGCCAUCAUCACACCUGUAAAAUUGUACUUAGAUGUACUGUAUACAUUAAGUGUCUUUGGUAACCGCUAUACUUACAUCUUCUGGCAAAUCCUACUUACCCAGGGUUUAUCAUGUAUCAAGUUUCAGUGCUUUCAUAUGUAAAUUGUAAUUUGAAUUGUGCAAUAGUGAUGAAAAUCAAACAACACAUGACCACAUCCUCAUAGCUUCAAUCUUGGUGUGUGUUCCAAACAUUUUCACAUUAAUGGAGUGAGCACUGCAUAGAUUAUUUAAUCGAAAAUAUAUUUCUACUUACAUUGCUUUAAAGGCUUAAAUACAAUAGGCAUUGUUUACCUGUAUCUACAGCCUAGCCUUUAUAGUCCAACUCCGUGCCCCUAGACAUUACCAGGUAAUAACUAUAAAUGUUUUAUCUGUCAUUUUUGAUGGGAAUGAUUAAUAGAUAACAUAUAUGAUUGUAUGCUGUAAUAGAUAACAUAUAUGAUUGUAUGCUGUAUUCACAAAUCAUCUGAAUCUCAUUUAAUAGCCUUUGUGAGAUUUAAUGUAAUAAAACUACUCCUCGUUCUGUGUGAGAUUUAGUCCUGGUUUACCCCGGUUUUACUUGUGAGAUUUAAUCACAGCCGGUGUUUGGUUGGUCAGUUGGUGAAGUCUUUGUAGAUACUUAAAAAUAGACUUUAUUUGCCUUUUUUUCUGGCAAUGAUUGUUAUCACCAAAGCUGAUAUAUUAUUUGAUAUAAAGGUGCAUUUAUUUCUUACAAAUCUAUAUUUUACUGCUCUGAAUUUGUUAUUGUCAACUAAAGGAUAGAUGUAUGUACCCUGUUCUUAGUGGAACCUGUAGUAAGUGUACCCUAUUCUUAAUGGAACCUGUAGUAAGUGUGUCCUAUUCUUAGUGGAACCUUUCGUAAGUGUACCCCAUUCUUAGCGGAACCUUUCGUAAGUGUCUCCCAUUCUUAGUGGAACCUGUAGUAAGUGUACCCCAUUCUUAGUGGAACUUGUAGUAAGUGUUCCCCAUUCUUAGUGGAACCUGUAGUAAGUGUACCCCAUUCUUAGUGGAACCUGUAGUAAGUGUACCCCAUUCUUAGUGGAACCUGUAGUAAGUGUACCCCAUUCUUAGUUGAACCUGUAGAAAGUGUUUGCCCCAUUCUUAGUGGAACCUGUAGUAAGAAAUUGCCCCAUUCUUAGUGGAACCUGUAGUAAGUGUACCCCAUUCUUAAUGGAACCUGUAGUAAGUGUACCCCAUUCUUAGUUGAACCUGUAGUAAUUGUACCUCAUUCUUAGUGGAACCUGUAGUAAGUGUUUGCCCCUUUCUUAAUGGAACCUGUAGUAAAUGUACCCCAUUCUUAGUUGAACCUGUAGUAAGUGUGCCCCAUUUUUAGUGGAACCUGUAGUAAGUGUACCCCAUUCUUAGUGGAACCUGUUGUACCUGUAAGUGUUGUAUAUUUUCGAAAACUUUUGGUGUUGUAUCCAGUGUUGAACUUUUAGUGACUGAUUAGUGCUAGCUAGUGUAUCAUCUCUUCUGUUAAGAUGUUAUACAAUAUAUGGUGCAUGUAUCUGUUGAUUAUUAUUUUGAAUCAUAAUCUGUUUUUUUUAAUCCAGAUUUUCAGUUUGAUAAUUGUGUUACCUUGAGCAAGCUUUCUAACAGUCAUUUCUUGUCUUAACCCUGUUUGAGAUAACUUGCAUGUAUACUUAUAUCGUUUAUAUUGUUAGGAUCCUCACAAAAUGUAGGUCAUUACAAAUUUAGGAGGAUGAGUUAAGAUCAUGACAAAUUAAGGGUGGUGUGACGUGUAGAUUGUACUAAAUUGAGGGCGGGAUGAAGUGUAGGUCAUGUUUGAAUGUUGAGAUUAUAGAAUUUGAUUGAAUAGGAGAGAUGAAUGACAAAGGAUGUAAUGGAGUUGUAUAGUAACGCAGGAUGUAAUGGAGUUGUAUAGUAACAAACGAUGUAAUGGAGUUGUAUAGUAACACAGGAUGUAAUGGAGUUGUAUAGUAACACAGGAUGUAAUGGAGUUGUAUAGUAACACAGGAUGUAAUGGAUUUGUAUAGUAACACAGGAUGUAAUGGAGUUGUAUAGUAACAUAUCGGACAUAAUGAGGAGAACAAUGGUGCUGGCCAUGAGGUCAUUAUGGAAUUUUCAUAAUGCCUUCUUUAAUAAUUUUGAGACAAGAUGUUAAUGUGCCAAUGACGUGUUGUGUAUAUGUGCAAAUCAGUUUUAAAUAUUUGACCUUGUUCUGAGGUUUUAGCUACAGUGAUCUAUCGCUGGAGCCUGUUUUUGAAAUCUGUGAUAUGAGUAUUGUUCAAAUUUAAUUUUGUAACUUAAUUGUUAACCUUGGUCAGCUGUUUAACCAGCUGGGUGAUCAGCUGUUUCAACCCUGGUGGUCAGCUGUUUGACCUGCUGGCCAUUCAGCUGUUUGACCCCUGGUGGUCAGCUGUUUGACCCGCUGGCCAUUCAGCUGUUUCACCCCUAGCUGGUCAGCUGUUUCACUCCUGGUGGUCAGCUGUUUGACCCGCUGGUCAAUACCUUUAUGACUGUUGCGAGAUGUAUCCGAAUCUGGUUGGUACAGGUUGUAUAGGUUUCAUUGACAAUGAUUUAAUGGAGGUUUGUCUGUUGGGUUUAUUACCCCAUGAAUAACCAGCGUCAUCUUGAGAUGGGGUCUCUUUGUAGUAGCAGGUGGCUAAAGCUAGGUUAAAGUGUCUUCCUAAGGACACAACCACAACAGUACAAACUGGUCCGUUUCUCAGCUUCCUGAGAAACACAAACUGCCACAGUUGGGAGCGUCGAACCACAUAUCUCCGAUUCUUCACCUGAGGUUAUGUAGGCCAAUGCUCUGACCAACUAAGCUAUCGCAGCCCGUUAAAUGGGGGUCCGUAGUAAAAAAAGAAUAGAAUACCAUACCAGAGUAUUGGUGUACAUGCCCUCGAUAAUCCAGGACCUACAUUCCCUUGUGUUCUCUGCACCCCUUAAUAUAUGUCAUGGAAAAAUAGGAGGGACACAUCUAGCUACUUGAUUGGUGUCAGGAAAAGUCCUGACCAGUUGCUAAGCUGAUGCUAUUUUUUUAAGAUUACAGAGAAAUUAAAAGCGAGACAAUAUAAAGGUAUGGUGAUCACUACCUGGAGAAGUGUUUGGUGUCAUAUCCCAGGGGUACAUAGGGCAAAAGUAAAUGUAACACCUGGAGUAUCGAGGAUGAGAUAUCAAUGUACAGAUUUUUUGUACAGAUUUUUGUUGUUACUGUUUUAUGUCAAUUAUUUGUACAUUUCGUGUAUAAAUGUUGUACAUCUGAUGUUGCUGUAGAUGAAAUGAAUCGGUGAAUUGAGAGGAUAUAUAGACGGAUCACCUCCAUAGGAGUCGUCCAGUAUGUGUCCUCUCAGUAUAAAGUCACUCCGACUGUUGCUCCUUUUCCCCAGUUUCUGUCUUGCUCUAUAUAUAGCUGUAUAUUAAGUAUAAUUAGACUAUAAAGGAAAUCCAACACUCCUGAUGUCUCUAAUAGCAGUAAUGUUCUGGGAUAUCCAGUAGGUAUCCAGUAGGGCUUCUCUAGUGAACCACUGACAUCUAGGUAGAUGUCAUCAGGAUAUUUGAAAUCCAUAGAUUUUGUGAUGAGGAAAUACAUGGUAUAUUUGACAAUUGUGUAGCGAGGUUGAUGUGAUAUAGAGGGUCAGGUACUUUUCAAAUUUGAAGGUUUCUGAUGUUUAUCGGCCAUUCCAAAAUCUGAUAUGGUUCUAUUUAACGUUCGUCUGCCCAUAUCAGAUUUUAAAAAGGCUGACUUUAUUUUUAAAACAUCAGAAACCUUUGGAUUAGUACUGACCUGGUACCCGACAUUUAUAACAUCAGCCUUGUAAAGUUCUGUCUUUCAGUGAGAUUUGUACAAUUUGUCUCACAUAUCAUUGUUUGUGCUGCCUGCCAUUAUCUUGUACAAACACCAGAUCCACAAUAUUUCUUUUUCUCUGGUAUUUUAAUGAACAGUUCAAAUUCUUAAUUCCAUGAUUUAUUGAAUGAUUCCAAAGAUGUGUUUCUACAAUAUAAUGCUACAUAUAUAUCAAAGUUAUAUAUAGUUAAUACACCAUUCCAAAUAUUGAUUAAAUAGAAAAAAUUUAUGUGUAUAUUGAAUUAUUAUUUAACCUAAUUUGUAAAACAUUUUCUGUAUUUAAGCAGUCUUUUUUUUUAUAUAAUACUUAUCAAAUAUCACUUAAGACAUUUAGAACUUUUCCUUCUUUUUCUUUCCUUAUUUUGGACACUUUUUUUUAUUGAAUGUCUUUAUGUUACACCUCCUUCAGAAGCUGAUGAUUGACUGUUGUUUGAUGGCUACUAUGUAACUUCCACACGAUGGAGUCCAAGUCUGAGUUAGGGAUUCAAGCUGAGAGAGAUUAACAUUGAAAACUUCCCUAUUCAGCUUUACCUAACAUGUUGUUGUUAAAAUGUUUUGAGUAAUUAAAAUGAAUGCUAGGCCUUGUACUAUGUAUAGCGAGAUGUUGUGUAUGUGGUGUGAAGCUUUGUAUACAGCCUGAGUUCUGCUUUGCAGAGUGAGGCCACAGAGUGAAUUAGGAGAUUUAGGCUGAUAUUGUAACUGUGUGUAAGUUAAUUGUAAAUUUUAUGGUUACUGGGUCAAAGCUGGCCAAGUCUCUUUGUUAUAUUGUUAAGGCAUUAUAAUUUAUUGUCAUUGAUGCAUCAAUAAAAUAUAUUACCAA